AUGGGUGAAGACGUUGAUGCCGCGACCGGAGGCCCGGUUGUCGGCGAUAGCGGCGGCCGCAGGGCCGACAGCACUGGUGUAACGAGGGACCGGGGAGACCACAAGAACAGGAGGAGACACUCUCGGGCAGCCGAUGCCGAAGCGGCAGACUAUGACGAGGACGACGAGGACGACAGCUCGGAUGCCGGCUCGGAUUUCAGCUCCGUCUCCAUCGACGAGCUACCGCCCAUCCGCGCAUACGGUCACACGUACCACGGUUCUGGCCGCAUACUUAUGCCCAACGAUGAAUCGGAGCGCGCACGCCUGGAGAUUCAACACCAGCUGUUCAAGCUAUGUCUCGAGGACAGUCUGACUGCAUCAAAACUCCCCAAGGACAAGCCCCUCAACAUUCUCGACAUCGGCACGGGAACGGGUAACUGGGCUGUCGAGAUGGGCGAACAGUACCCCCUGGCCAGGGUCAUGGGCGUCGACCUCUCCGCGGCGCUGCUGCCCAUGACCGUCCCGCCCAACGUCGUCUUCGAAGUCGAAGACGCCACCAAUGACUGGGCGCGGGAGAAGGACAGCCUCGAUUUCGUGCACGUGCGGAACCUUGUCGGCGGCGGCGUGCAGGAUUGGAAGGCGCUGUUCCAGCAGGCCUACGAGCACCUAAAGCCCGGCGGGCAGAUUGAGUUCUCCGAGGUAAGGACGAGGUACUUUGACCUUGUCGACAGCAGCAGCGACGAGCCCGCCGCGCCGACGGAGGAGGAAAAGAACCACGGCGCGAUGACGGCGUGUCGCGAGUUCGAGGUGCGGCUCGCGGAGAUGACGGCUAUUGCAGGAGUGGACUUUGAUCCCAUACCCAAGAUCCCCGCCAUCCUGUCUGAUGUUGGUUUCGAGAAGGUGGGACGCUGGUCCGACUUGGUACCCAUACAGGCCGUGGGCCAUGACGAGAAGAUGGUCAGGAAAGGGGCACAGUUUGCUCAAAUGCUGGAAUACGGCUUGGAAAACUACUCGCUGGCCGUGUUUGCCAAGGGCGGAUGGGAUGAAAAGGAUACCCGGAAUCUUCUGCAGAGAGUCCACAAAGAGUCACGCGACACGACAAACGAGGCAUACGGCAAAGUGUGA